UUUUCUUAUCCUACUCCCUUGGUGGCCUGAGGCAUCAAACUCAGGACCGAUAGAGUCGGACCCAUCUCACCUUACAUUACAUGAAUAUGAGUCAGCGGUGAAGUGCUAUUUCAAUCAUACCGACAUAGCUUAGAAGGAGAAGACGAAGAAGACGGGAAAGAUAUAGAGGCAGAAAGGAAAAGAUCGUCCCACUCAACGAUACCAACCACUAUCAUAAUGUCCGCGCCGAGACCUGGGCCUCGUGCGCCAAUUCCGCCCAGAAGUGGACCGAGGGCUCCCAUGGGUCGUCUAGCCAGUCUCAAAGCUCCCAACCCAACCCCGAUUAGACGCCCCCAGCCAAUCUCCCGUCCCCAGCCGGCCAGGCCGACCACUCAUCCCAAGACUUCAACGUGCCCGAACCCCGGCUGUCCGGCACCCCAGAUCGUCGAGGAUGAUGGCCAGAAGGUGUGUUCGGGCUGUGGUACAGUCAUCAGCGAAGCGAAUAUCGUGUCCGAGGUGACCUUUGGAGAGACGUCCUCGGGUGCCGCCGUCGUGCAAGGUACCUUUGUCGGUGAAGACCAAUCGCACGUCCGCAGCUAUGGCCCCGGCUUUCAGCGCGGAGGUGCCAUGGAGAGUCGAGAGAUUACGGAGCAAAAUGGUAAUCGCUACAUCAACCAGCUAUCCCGCGCCCUGAUGAUCCCCGAAAGCGCCAUGAAGGCCGCCGGUCAGGUGUUCAAGCUGGCCGUGGGUCUCAACUUCAUCCAGGGUCGUCGAACCAAGACCGUGGCUGCAGUGGCCCUAUAUAUCGCCUGCCGUCGACAGGAUGGAAACACGGUCAUGCUGAUUGAUUUUGCCGAUGUCCUCAUGAUCAACGUAUUCAAACUGGGUCGAACCUACAAAGCACUCCUGGAUGAGCUGCGUUUGGGCGGGAAUGUCUUUUUGAUGAACCCUAUCGACCCGGAGAGUUUGAUUUACCGAUUUGCUAAGCAGCUCGAAUUCGGUUCCUCGACCAUGCAGGUCGCUAGCGAAGCGGUGCGGAUCGUGCAGCGCAUGAACCGCGACUGGAUGACUACUGGUCGACGCCCGGCUGGUAUCUGUGGCGCCGCCCUGAUCCUAGCAGCUCGGAUGAACAACUUCCGUCGAACCGUUCGAGAGGUCGUUUAUGUGGUCAAGGUGACAGAGAUCACCAUCAGCCAGCGAUUGAACGAAUUCAGCUCCACCGAGAGCGGAGAGCUGACCGUUGACCAAUUCCGUUCGGUCCAACUGGAGAACACCCACGACCCGCCGUCCUUCACCCGAGCCCGGGAAGGGCGGAAGCCGUCGCGCAGCAUCAAAAAGAAAGGCCCCGAAACGGCGGCCGAGAUCGAAGGGGACCUACCGGAGGCAAGCGUGUCCAUUCAGCCGAAACGUGUCGACGCGGAUGGCUUUGCCAUCCCGAGUCUCCCCAUUGACCCCGCGUUGACGGCGGACAGUCGCUCGCGGCAACCGUCAGUGUCGUCAGUGUCGUCGGUGUCAUCCGCGUUGGAUGAGGCCACUCCCGAACCGGGCGAAAAAGCCUCCGGUCACGGGAAAAGAAAGCCACUGCCUCCGCCGACUCCCGAUCAGAUUGCCUCGGAGGAGGCGCUGGAAUCCGAGAUGACGGCGUUGUUGGCGAAGGGGUCGAAUCUGCUCGAUAGUAAUACGGCACCACCUCGGAAAGUCAUAUCCGAAAGCAUGGAGAUCGAUGCCUCCGAAUUUGAGUCUGAUCCCGAGGUUUCCAACUGCCUCCUGUCUCCCGCCGAGGUGGAAAUCAAGGAGCGGAUCUGGGUACACGAGAACAAGGAUUAUCUACGGACCCAGCAGGCCAAGGCGCUUAAGCGUGCUUUGGAAGAAGCCGAUUCCGGCCCAGGCAUGCAUAAGCCCCGCAAGCGCCGUCGGGGUCGGAUGGGGGAUGUCACCUACUUGGAAGGGGAAGGGGAGGAGGGCGAUGGGCGGAAUUCCCGUGCCUCCACCCCUGCCGAAGCCACCCGCCGAAUGCUGGAACGGAGGGGCUUCAGUAAGAAGAUCAACUACCGUCUCCUGGAAUCGUUGUUUGGGGAAGAGGGUGCCGACGAGGCGGCCAAGGCCAAGGUCGAGAGUCUCAGCCGAAGCCAAAGCCGCAGCCAGAGCGUGGCGUCCCGGCGGAGUGCCAGUAUAGAACCCGAGGCGGCUAUCAAACGCACUAAACUCACCGAGCCGCCGAUGCCCGCCAAGACCGCCGAGUCUCCUGCUCCUGGGGCGCCGGGACCUAGCCCGUCCCAGCAGCCUUCUCAGGGCGGGACCGGAGCGGCCAAUGCGAAUGGAGAGGGCCGCGGCCCCGCAGGGGAAGCGGAUGAAAAGCCGGAUGACGACUAUGACGACGAUGAGGAGGAUGGAGACGAUGACGAGGACGAUGGCGUCAACGCCGCCUUUUCUGGGCAUUACGGCGAUUACUACGAUGAAGGAAGUGAUUAUGAUAGCGAUUAGGAUCUGCCUCCCGGGAAUUGGAAAUACGUCUUCCAGGAAACCUUGGGGCAUAAUUCAAGACUCAUAACACAGUUUUUCACA